ACACUAUUUAUGCGAGCAUUUUUGCGUCACAAUUCGAUAUCAAUGGUCAGUCAGGUCUAUCAGGACAUGAUUGCACGCCAAGUUAAACCGACUGUUGUUACUUAUGCCGUUUUGAUGCUCGCUCAUUCAUUUGUUCCUGAUCCAUAUUCGUGUGUACAUAUCUUGAAUGAAAUGAAGCACGCUAAGCUCGAAGUUAAUGCCGUGCUUUAUACCAUUGUCAUGCGUGCCUGGGCAAAAUUGGGUAGGUGGGACCAAGUUCAAGAAACUUACGAGACCAUGAAAGGUGACAAUAUUCAACCCACGAAACUUACCCUUGAAGUCCUUCGAUGGGGAAGGAACAGAGGGCACACAUACCUUGUGCAAUAAAGGAACGUUCUUCCUCGUUGCCCAUACCUCAUCUGUACAUAAAAACCUGUUUUCUGAACACUAUAUAAAAAAGAAUUUGUAUAUCUCAAACCAUAAUUACAUUACAUUUAUGCUUAUAUCUAUCCUCACUCCAUUUACUCUACUCUGCUCUACUUUACUCCACUCUGAUAUAUUAUUUGUAAUAAGACAUUUUUUCUGUUUAUAUUUCGUGCCAUCCUUCCCUUUCAUUAUAAAGCAUUUAUCUGAAAUAAAACAUGGUGUCAUCUC